CGGGAAGCGGCACAGCGCAGACAAGCAGGAAGAGCGCGCCGCACGCGGAGCGGCGGGGCCGCGCAUGUCAUACUUCUAAUGCGGGGGCACACCGGAGAUCCGCUCCACUCGCAUCCUGACCUGCGAUCCCGCAAGAUCAGCCUGUGUAGCCGAAAAGCCGGGUCGGAGGCGGCUGCCAGAGGGACGGAGCUGCUGGCGCUUUGAGAAGGUCGCGGCGGGUGGCGAGCGCAUUCAGCGGGGGAGCGGGGCGACGCGCAGCGCUGCCGCAGGAGCCAUGAGAGAGUACAAAGUAGUGGUGCUGGGCUCCGGCGGAGUCGGCAAAUCGGCGCUCACUGUUCAGUUCGUGACGGGCUCCUUCAUCGAGAAAUACGACCCCACGAUAGAAGACUUCUACAGGAAGGAGAUCGAGGUGGAUUCAUCGCCUUCCGUGCUGGAAAUCCUGGACACGGCGGGGACGGAGCAGUUCGCCUCCAUGCGAGACCUGUAUAUCAAGAACGGGCAGGGCUUCAUCCUGGUCUACAGCCUGGUGAACCAGCAGAGCUUCCAGGACAUCAAGCCCAUGCGGGAUCAGAUCAUACGGGUGAAGAGGUACGAGCGGGUGCCCAUGAUCCUGGUGGGGAACAAGGUGGAUCUGGAGGGCGAGAGGGAAGUCUCGGCGGGCGAAGGCAAAGCCCUGGCGGACGAGUGGAACUGCCCCUUCAUGGAGACCUCGGCCAAGAACAAGGGCUCGGUCGACGAGCUGUUCGCCGAGAUCGUCCGGCAGAUGAACUACGCCUCGACGCCCAACGGCGACGACCGCUGCUGCGCCGCCUGUGUCCUGCUAUAAACGCCAGGAAAGUUGGCGGCGGAGACAGAGGGGCUUGCCGGACUUGGAGCGGAGACGGCGCCGUGGGCGUCGGAGGGCGUCCCGUCGCCCCUGCACACUUCGGCGGGGGGACGCGCAGCCCACAAUCCCGCUGUUUACACGCUGAAUACUUGAAUGUCCCGGAAUUUGGGAAAUAAGACGAGUUUCGGCGGACGCUCGCGUUGUGUCGCCCGGGACAGCGCGGCCCAUGUUGCCGCUGUUAUGUUUUAAUUUCAUCAGGUUCUUUUAGUUGUAUAAUAAUUUUUGAAAGUGUAUUGCAAGGAGGGGGGGCGGGGGGGUUCGGUUAGGUCCGGCGCCGUUCCCUCCGGCCUGGGACGGGUCGAGGGAUCUUUUAAAGGGGAAGGGUGCCGGGACCGUGCACCGAACCCCGGGGGCGGUGGGAUAGAUCAUCCCUGCUCCAACCCGAACCGAAGUGGGAAAUGCCAUGUAAAUGUUAAACUUCUGCAUACGGUUUCGUUUGGGAGGACGAAGGGGGAGGCUGUAUCUUCCCAGCGCGUUAAGCCCGCUUCAGCUUGAGUGCCACCCGGACCCCGAGAAACGACGCGGGGACGCCGACCGGGACCGGGCCGCAUGCAGUGCCUUCCGAGCCCAGCUCCCGUUCAGUGCCAAUCCUGGAGCCCCCACACCAAUCUCAUCUACGGCAAUCCUCCAAGUACUUAACUGUUUCACUUUCGUUAAUUUCGCGGACGUCGGAGACAGAACGAAAUAGCUCUUUGUUAAUACAAGGCAUUUUUCCCUCGUUAAUUUUGGUUUUUGAAAUGCAGGUUAUGACGGGUUGAAGUUUGGCUGAAUUGUAAUUAGAUUUACAGGUACUUGGAAACCCUCUGACUUCACCGAACCACGCCUCUUCCCCGGCCAGUUGAAGCAAAGAUUUUUUUUUCCCUUGACAUGUUUGUUUUUAACAAAAUGUGGAUGGUGUAUUAUUGAAAUUCUAACCCGAUUGUAAUUCUAAUUUCAGACCAGCGUUUUAACAGCUGUUUGUCUGUUUUAAGACUUUUAAUACAAAUUGCAUUUUUAAAAAAACACUGGUGGUCUUGCUUCAUUUAGUGUUUCUGUGGUGGGGUUGUGGUGUCCAGCGUGGCCUGGAGAAAGACCUGCUCUAUAGAACUUUGAUGCUUCUGUUGCUAUUUGUAUGAUAUUUCUAACUCUUUACUUCCUUCCAUAUUUGUUAUGAGUGGCUGAAAAGCUUUUAUUUAGGGAAACUAUUGCUUCAGCAUAUAGAUCACCCACCCCCAGACCACAGCAUAGGACUGUCUUAUGGACCUGGGUCUGGAGUAGGUGUCUUGGGUUUACAGGAUGGUGAGUGACGGUCUUUGUUCUGCGAGGCAUAUUCCUGUGGGUUUUAUGGUAGUCGUGCUGAUUCUGGUGUUGGAAUCGGUGCUUUUUGUAAGUGGCAUGUGGAAGUAGGAAGGGCAUGUCAACCCAAAGGUCAGCAUGGCAUGUGGCUGGCCUGGAUCAAUGGUUCAGAUUACUGGUGGGACACAGUGCUGUGGUCUUCAAGAAGAUGACCAGCUGUAUAAUCAUGGAAAGCCAAGAGGUGUCCCAGCCCUAAAAGUUUCAGGAGAAACGCCUGGAUGAGGAGUCAGUCCGCUGUCUCGUGAUUUUGGAAUGUAAGCCGUCGUCGUUUCUCUUUAAACGCCCGGUGCUGAGGAAUCUGUCUCCCUCUGGGCACUGGAACAACGUCCUGGCUGUUUGUAGAUAUGGGCUCUGAAUCAUUGCUCAGGAUGCUGCUGCGUGCUCCAACACAUAGCCGGGCAUGAAUAAAUCUGCAUAAUGAGAAUGCAGCCCCCUACAAGCCGGCAGGCACUACUGCCGCUGCCCCCUGCUGGUGGGGGUGUUUUUCUGCCUGAGAUCUGUGCUGUCAUAAGGUUUGUUUUUGUUUUGUGUGGGGAUUAUGGGAUUGCCCUUGGGUUGGACCAUGUUUUGUGUCUUCUGCACUCUACUCUUAAAUAUAAACCCUAGGAGCUUCUAGCUGGACCUACAGGGUACAGGAAGCACCAGUCUGUUGCUCAACGUCUUAUGAGCGAUGGUAUGACGUGAUGCAAGGCGCAGAUGUGACACACCGAUUUGUGACGGUUCCUCUUUCUCUGUGACAAGCUGCUUCCAGUUCCCUCAUUUUUGUCAGCUGCCCCGGGUGAUGCCCCCCCCCCCCCCACCCAUUCUGGUAUUGUCUCUCUAAUCCCGUCAUUUGCAGGUGUGGUGUGUGCAGGUGUGAUUAUUAUCAAUUAUUGCCUGACUUAUCUCUGUGUUGCUGCUCGGUCAGGAUUCUGCCAGCAGCUGUGCUCCUGCCUCUAUCUCUGCGAUGUUUGGAGCUCAUCGGUAGGGAGAUGGGGGGCAGUUAGAGUCCGCUAAUGACACAUCGGGAAGAGGUGCGACACGGCGCUUCUGCAGACGUCCGUGCCUGUGAAAGACGGAAGCCGACACACCAGCAUGGACGUGGGUGGUGAUCGGUUUUAUAAUCAUUCUGAUCACAGAUUCAGUCCUCAGUGGUGGGCGGGGUUCGGCACGGUGGGGUGGGAAGAGCCUGGCAUCGAGUCAGCCGGGGGCCUCUCUCCGACUCCCCCACGGUUUUCUAGGGAUUGCUCUGCUCCGUGAUUCCCGCUGACCCCGCUCACUCUCUUUCAGUUGUUGGCGUCGGUUUCAAAGGAGCUCAUACAUGCUCUUGGCAAACAGAAUUGCUGUUUUUUUUUCCCCUCUCUCUUCUUGGACACAGUCUGUCCCCGAUGUUAUCGGAUGAAGGAACGCCGGAGUGCCGAACGCUGGCACGGGACAGGCUGUGGGAUGUCUGUCGCUCCAGGAGAAGGAUUUGUACCGGUAUAUUCCAUAGGAUUUAUUUGUUGGUCUUAUCUGUGGGUGGCUGAUGUUGAAACCGAUGGGGUCUAGGCAAAUGAAAGUGUAAGACUUUCAUUUUGAUUUAAGUGUAAACUGUGGCCGUCAGAUCUGAGCAUAUCUUGGAAAAAAUGGUGGGAGAGACUUUCCAGUGAUGGAGUUUUGUAGCCUGGGGCUGGGCAGUGGCUGUGUGUUGGGAAUGUCCCCACAUUCCCGGCGUUUCUGUCAUGCCAUGUAGUCGACUGCCUGGGCCUGUCGAGCCUGGGCCUUGGUGGAUUUGUUCAAACACAACUCUGAAUUGAGCCUGGCUCACGAGCUGGUUCACUGCGUAUAGGUUGGAGCAGACGCUGUGGGUUAACGUUCUUAUCUGCAGUUAGCAGCAAGAUCUUGAGCUAUGACUCAUCAGCGAGUGCAUGUGCUUCCUGGUUUGCUUUUGUAUUUGUGGGGUCUUAGGACCACCCUCUGCGGCAUUCCCAGGACCAGCCGACUGGUACCAUCUUUGGGCCAUUGAAUAAAGUCCUUAAUCCCCAGCUCCGAGGGUGCUGCUUGCUGACUCACCCUGGUUAUGACCCCCCAAGCUUGAUCUUGGCUGUGUAUGUGUCUGCAUGUCACAAGAGAGAGCUAAAUAGGACCGGUGAAAAGACAAUUUCUCCUCAGGCAUGAAUGAAAUAUCGCUAUUUUUUUCAGUUCAGCACUCGCAUAAUGUUUGUACAUUCUAAGGCCUAAAGUUAUGUUUCUCUGGGGUCGAAUCGGCAUACCAGAGGCUGGACAUGCUGUGUCAGGAAGACUAUAAAGCUGUCUAUAAAGGGUUGUUACACUGCUAAAUGGUAACUAGUGGGGGGUCUAGUCAGUGUAGCUACCGAUAUGCUAAUGGGAGAGCAUUGAGGUACGUGCUGCCUGUCCUGGUCUGCAGUGACUGUUUGUGAUGGAAGAUGGACUGGGAGCAGACAUCUGCUGUAACAGCCAGGAGAGCCUAUUGAUGUGAUCACUGAGACACAAGCGAGUGUGCAGGAGCAAGAGGCAGCAGGUCUAAGGAGCGACAGGAAGGAAUAGGGCAACUUUCAAAUGCUCUGACAGGAAGUGCUGAAGGGCACAGCUAGCAUGGCUGCCGCUUUUGGUCACGUGACCUCCGUAACCGUGCCGACCGGCUGACAAACUCUGAGUCGUUCUGAAUCUGAAACCAGGCCAAUGUGGGCUUGUGCUGAAAUGUGUUUGUGGCAUUGCAUUUCACGGGCGAGACUUAACAGGUUCAGGAUGAUCAUGUGACUCGACAAACCUGGCGGUGUCUUCCUGUAGCUUAGCUGGCAGCGGCUCACUUUCAGCCGGUCAGGGCUGUGUUGUGUUUGGCAGGGAGUCAGGAGGAACCCCAGAGAGCCCGGAUGUAAACCGCAGAGUGUUUGGGAGUUAGUGGGGCUGCGGUCGCAGAGGCAUUCUCAUGGUUCCUUACUCACCUGACAUGACCGUCCUGGCAUUGGCGUAGAAGUGAGUCACAUGACCCAAUUUGUGUUCACAAAAAAGUAAGGUUGCCAUACAUAUACUUCUGUGAAUUGUUUGUUUAGGGCUGAGUGUGGAAGGGAAACACUGUAUGCCUGUGCAGCGCAUGGAGCUACACACUUCUCCCCAGUCGGUGAACCAGUCUGACUUACCUUAUUGCAUCAUCACAAACGCUCAAAUGUCAGUCACAAUCUGCUAACUUCCCCGACUCUGCUGCUCCACCUCAGGGGCUGAACUCCCCAUUUCAAUGCACACGUCAGACGUCACCAGCUCAGAAUGUGAGGGGGAGGGGGGAUUUCUCUCUUCUUGUGACAAACUGCUGGUUCAUUGCCGUCCACCCGACCCCCCCGCCCACAUGAGGAAACCACAGUCACAGAAAAGUUACUCUUAUACGUAACUGAAGGUAAAAACAUGUUGAAUUUAUAACAUUCACGUAGUUUCUUUUAGCCUA